AGACAUGCAUCUGACCUCAUUCACAAAAUACCGCUAUUAGUAAUAUUUUAAAAAAUGUACACAAAAAUAAUAUUUACUUGCUAUAAUUGUAAUUGUUUUUUAAAUUUAUGUCCUAUUUUUAAUCUUUUGUUUUGUUUCUUUGGGUUGGAACAUUCGUCAUUACUUUGUUAAUCACAUUCUCUAAUUUGUUUAUUAAUGAAACAGUUGCAGUAUUAAUAGCGGAGAGAGAUGUAACUGGUGUAUCUUCAUCUUCAAGAUCAAAAUCUUCACUGUCUGGUUCAUUACUUUUAACUCCUAGGCGUUUUAUAAGAGGAAUCAAUAUUUUUGUAAUAGAACCUUUUUUAAGCUUAGUUUGACAGUUCACGCAUCUAGCCGGUAGGUCCCUCGACUUGGUACAGGUGUGCGUAUUGUCUGUUGCAGUUGGAAGUGGCGUGGCCCCAUGCCUGGCAUCGAUGGCAUUGGAUGACGCUUCGUUCCGAUUUCCUUCUUUCCCAGAAUAUUCUGGUAUUCAGGAUGUGUCUAAGGUUUUGGUUCGUCCAUUUUAGUGUGAUCUCGGGGUCGGAACUGAGUUUUCAUUUUGUAUAUGUUGUGUAUUUUAAUUCUGUGCUCUUCGGCGAGUCCUUCCCCCAUUUCUCUUGGUUCGAGUUCGGCGUCGAACCGUCACAUCAAGAACGUGUGGAUUUUGUUUGAUGGUGUUGUGUAUGUGUGGAAGGCCUUAUCGCUCUCCCUAAGUCCAUCCACAUAUUUAGUGUAUUCCGUUAUGUCUCUGGCAAGGACAUGGAUGUUAUUCUUUGUGUACUUUAUGGUAAAACCCUUUGUGAAGUGCCUCUUCAGUUCUAUCAUUCCCUGGUCGUGGUUGCCUGGAGAAUGAUGGAAGAAAUUCUCGUGGUUUUCUUUGUUGCGCUAAUUCCCCCAAUUUUGUCAUUGCCCUGUUGUCAUUGUCGUUGCCGAUGCUUUCAGAUACCGUGUCCACCUCAAUAAUGCCCGCCUUCAGCGAAUCAUACCUGUUUCGGGUUUUUACUGAAUCGUAUUGUGGAAUUUGAAUUUUUUUAAAUAAAUACCCAGCUACAUAAGCAACACCUUGAAAGGAACUACUACAAUUAAAUAAUUUUCAACAUUUAUUAAAUCUGACUCGAAAAUACAAACAUUCGGGUUCGAAACAGAGUUUACGGAAUCUGAAAUAAAUUUGGAAAAUGCCCCUAAAGAAUCACCACCAUCAUCUUUUGAAUUAUUAUUAACUAUUAUAGGAAGACUUAAUUUAUUUAGAACUACUGUUUUUAGAGCUGCAAUAAAUUAGUGGCAUGUUGGUUUAGUAUUAAAGAAACCGUGUUGAGGAACUUGGCCAGAAGACUCAGUGACAGCAAAUUUUAAAUUUACAAUUUAUUGUGGCACACAAAUAUUUUCCAUGCUGGACUUGAUUGAAGCAGCUUGGAAUGCUUGGCUUCUUUUGCAGGUUUGCGUUGUACCACAUCGUCUUGCAUGUUGACUAUCAUUUUCAGUUUUUCCCAGCUCAUAUCUUCGUCUAUGAUUAAUCUAUAGUUGUUGCAAAAUUCUUUGGCCAUUCCGGUUUCGAAGAACUUCCUGAAUUCUUCUACCCUGAACUGCUGGUCAUAUUCGGCAAAUAGCUCUUAUAGUUCGAAGUAGUACGACUUGAUAGACUGAGUUAGUUCUUGUUGUUUCUCGUACAAUUUUCUCUCCUGGGAUCGUUUCGUAUCAUGAUUACCAUAUUCUUAAAAUCUUUUCAAUAUCAAUGGAAUGAUCCGUUGACAGCCCCAGCAUUCUUCCAAAUAAAAGAAAGCUGUCAUUAAAAAAAUGAAUAAUAUCUUUAUGUUGCAAAUUAAUAAUUAUACCUGUUAGUAUGCGAGAAUUAAAGCAUGUAUUUAACAUUUGCCAACAAACACGAUUAUCUUUUUUUAUCGCAUCUCGUGGCAUCAUGUUGUUUAAAUAUCAAUUGUUUUUUAUGUUUUCAUUAAGUUUAUAUUGGAAUAUAAUUUUCAUUUUGUACCACUUAAAUCUUCUUGUCUUAUCGUUUGCAAUAUUAGUUUAAUGUUGCCAUCAAUUAUUUUUUUCCAUUUUUCAAUUUGUGAUUUACUCAUUAUAUUUACUGCAUGAUUAAUUGUUUUAACUAUUUCAUCGCAAACAUUACUAAUUUCACAGAUAUUAUUAUUAUUAUUACAAUUAUUGGAUAUUAUAUUUUUACAAUAAAAUAAAUUAAUUUUCAAUUAUUUCAAUGUCAACCGUAUUGUGAGGCAGUUCUGCUUUAUAUAUAAGCGAAUAUUUGUCAGGUUUAAAUUUGGAAAUUUCAGCCUCUACAAUGGGAACUAGCCUUUUGGGCAGAUAUAUCAUUUUCUCAUCCAAUUCGACUUGUACUGUUUUUCCAUAUUUACUGUCCACUAUAUGCAUAUUGCUUAUCAUAUAUUUUUUUUGUUUUUCCAAACUUCUUAUUGGUGAAUAUUUCUUCAAUUGAACCUUCGAAUUAAUUGCGUUUAUGUUCAUUGUUCUACAAAUAUUUAUUGUAACUAAAGAGACACAGACAGAUAUAAACUCAGACACAGACAAUUGCAAAAUUGUUGUCGAUGGAUAUUUCUUUCUCUUCGAACUGAUUCAUUUCUAAAAUGUGGUCAAUUUAUAACUGCAUCCCCCCAGAUGAUACCUACCAUUAAAAAAAUUUUCGCAGCAGGUUGCUUUCCCGAUCCGACGGCGGCUACGUGCAAGGACUGCUCAGCCGUGGUUGCCCAGGUGGUCGAGCAAACGGUUGGGCCGAUGGUGUGGAGAUGGUUUUGCCAUCUUACGCGCAGCACCUGAUCUCCGACGCAGUCACCGGCGAGGCUGCGCAUCUCGCGCAACAGUUGUGACGGCUUUUUGUCCCCAAGCUCAAUUCUCGUGAUGAGUUCAUGGAGUUGCGCGUCAGGAGAGUCCAGAAAACGCGCCAGUACAGCUUGCUUCAGAGUUUCGUAUCUACCGGACUCGGGUGGUGCGCGAAUUAAGUCAGACACCUCCUGGAUGCUUUCAAUAUCCAGGGCUAUCACUACUGCGUUGUAGCGCGAAUUGUCCGAAGUGACGCGGUGCACUUGAAAUUGGAUUUCCGCCUGGAUGAAUCAGAGGUCCGGAUUCGAUUAUAAUUAUUUAAAUACAUUUAUUUCAAUUAUUAUUAAUUACACACAACCUUCAAUGCUUCCUUUGACAUAAAAAAUCUGCAUAUUUAUCCCAAAUCCUAUCACUUAUGUCUAUUAAUUCUUUAAAAUUAACUAAUCCAACAUUACUAAUGUAAGGUACAUAAUCAUAAUUAUUAUUAUUAUUAUUAUAUUUCUGGCAAGUAUCUAAUAAUUGGCCACAACCACAAGAACAGUACAGUGCCAAAUUUAAAAGAUAAUCUGUUGUUGUUGUCGCUGUGAAUAUUUGACUGCGAAUGCAAUUAUUACUUUAGAACAUACCGGUUUGCGUGUUUGUAAUUUUUAUCUUCUUAUGCAAACCUGUUUAUUAAGAGCAAUGAUCAAGAAAAGACACCAAGAACAAAUUGACUUCAAUAUUAUAAGUAUACUUUUAUUUCUUGUCCUUUUUUUUACUACUACUUCAUUACAUUUAUAAGUUCAUUGGCUUUUUGAAUACAUAUCCUUAUGUGAAAACAAUUGCACGUGUCGGGACCGUCGGUGGCGUCUGGAGUGGACCAGCAACAUCCAGUAAAGUGAAUUGAUUUAUCUCCUUUAUCUAUCGAAACCCUGUCAAGGGAACCCAUCCCAUCUCCGCACUCCAAAAGUUAGCGUGUGCUGUGUUGACUCUAGUCAUUGUUAUCUGUAUAUUCAUCUUCUAUAACUUCUUCUGCCCACUCAAUUGCUUUACUUAUAUCUUCCAAGUUUGUUGUGUUAUUGUUAUUCCUUAGUUUAAUAUUGAUGGGAUGCAAAGGGUGCUGCUGUUCACCGGUGAUAAGACUAUAGCAGAGCAGGCCCAGUCGUCGAGCAUGAUGGAGCUCAUCCAACAAGACAUCAACGUACAGAUCCAAGGCAUUGGUGUGUCCCUGGUGAACAACACCAUCAGACAGGAAAUAUUGUACGUGGCCAUCGCCAGCUCGGGCAUCAUCUGGGAGAACGGCAAGCUCAAAUCCAAACGAUUCAAGCCGUUGCCCAGCAAGGACACCGAACACAUCGAGGAGGCCUCCCAGUUGUACCAAAACCGUGUGAUGACUGGCGACAAGCCACCGCAUCGAGUCUCGGUCGACGGCAGGACGGAAAUCGACUUCGAAACCAUGGAGUACUACAAGCCGGGCAGGAGGAGCAUCAGACGUUGCUACCAAACCGGAUUGUGGCUUAACCUGAAGACCAGUCCCAAUCAGAUGCAGCUGCACGUCAAAGUUAACAGGAUUCAGAUCGACAAUCAGAUGUUCGAUUGUCUGUUUCCGGUUAUCCUGGCCCCGGUACCGCUACCCAAGAGUGUUGCUGUUGCUCCGAUGACUCCCCAUCAUCAUAACAAUGUUCCGGCUGUUUUCUAAUAUAAAGCAGUUUAUUUUUAAUACAGUAACACAAUGAUUUUUCUUUCUCCGUUAAUAGUUGUUCUAUUUUACGAAUCGUUUCACUCACUGUUUCCAUGAUGUUGCUUCAUCAUUCAAAUGUAUUAUUUUAAGUUUCUUAAUUUCAUCAACUACUUACGUUUCAGUGCAUAUAAAUUAAUGUCUUGUUGAAGUUUUCUUAAUAUUCCCUAAUGUAGUAGUAGUAGUAGUAGGAUACAUCAAAAACACAAUGAGAAAAAAAUCAAUAAAACAUCAUGCAUUUAUUGAA